AUGGGUCUUCUGGAGAGCUGCAAGGCGCUCGCCCUCUAUCUCACAGCUUUGCUCCCAUCAUCGCUCCUGGAGUAUGGUUCGUCUUUACACCAGGUCACUUUCGGGUCGCCGUUCACGGGCGAUGUCCACCGCCCCGGGGGCCACUUCCCCCAGUUUCCCGCACCCAACGGACCCGACGACCCCAGUGAGGAGUUUGUGUGCAAGUAUCCGAGUCUAGGCAAACAGUGGUCCAGCUGCUCCACCGCGGACGACCGAACGUGCUGGCUGAAGAACUCAGACGGCUCCAAACAGUUUGACAUCAACACAGACUACGAGAACCAAUGGCCCGAGGGCAUCCCGCGCGAUUACUACCUGGUCGUCAACAACCAGACCUUCAACGCCGACGGCAUCGCGAACCCCGACGGCAAGGUGUUCAACGACUCAUACCCCGGCCCUUGGAUCAAGGCGUGCUGGGGGGACCUGAUCCGGGUGACCGUGUUCAACAACCUGACGUUCAACGGCACGACGGUGCACUGGCAUGGGUUCCGGCAGCUCAACAGCACCGAGAUGGACGGUGUCAACGGGGUGACGCAGUGCCCCAUCGCGCCGCAGCACAGCUACACGUACGAAUUCCGAGCCACGCAGUACGGCACCUCGUGGUACCACAGCCACUACUCGCUGCAGUACGCCGACGGCCUGCAUGGCCCCAUCACCGUCUUUGGCCCGUCGUCGGCCAGCUACGACGAGGGCCGGAACCCCCUCAUCAUCACCGACUGGAACCACCGCAGCGCCUUCAAGGACUGGCAGCGCGAGCUCGUCCCCAAGCCGAGCUUCCCCACCAUGAACAGCGUGCUCAUCAAUGGGCAUGGAAACUUUGCCGGUGCUUUUCCAAGGGACAAGUUCAAUAUGACGGUGACAAAGGGCAAGAAAUACCUCCUCCGCAUCAUCAACACGUCCGUCGACACGACUUACAUCUUCAGCAUCGACAACCACGAGUUCACAGUCAUGUCCUCCGACUUCGUUCCCGUGCAGCCAUACAACGUCAGCCACAUCGCCGUAGGCAUCGGGCAGCGGUACCACGUGGUUCUCAACGCCGUGCCCCUCGACAACGGCGCGCUGUCGGCGACGGGCGAUUACUGGAUCCGCGCGAUCCCGGCCGACGGCUGCAAGGGCUUCGAGACGGGCAACGAGCCCGACGAGCGCCAGGGCAUCCUGCGGUACGAUGACGAGAGCAGGGGCGUGCCGACGAGUUUCCGCGAUGGGUUUUCCACCGCGUGUCGCGAUGAGAAUUAUACCCAUCUCGUGCCCGUGCUGCCGUGGAAGAUCCCGCCGGCGUCAAUUUCCUCACUGACCCCAGAAUUCGACAUCGGCAAGGUCAACCGGCCGGCGCGGCCCGAGCGAGCAGACAACUUCUCGUGGUGGGCCAUGGGCGACCACCCGCUGUGGCUGGACUUUGGGCGGCCGACGCUGCUCGACCUGCACAACACGACGUGGAAUAACGACUCGGUGGUCAUCACGCAGGACGGCGACGACGACACGUGGGUGUACCUGGUCAUCACGGGGCCGGGCAACAACGGCGCCUCGACGAACCACACGCGGUCCUUUUUCCCCGUGGCGCACCCUAUGCACCUGCACGGCCACGACUUUGCGCUGCUCGCACAGGGCAACGACUCGAGCAAGCUGCCCGAUGUAAAACUCAAGUUCGACAACCCGCCGCGGCGCGACGUGGUGCUGCUGCCGUCGAACGGGUACGUGGUGGUGGCCUUCAAGGCCGACAACCCAGGGUCGUGGCUGUUCCACUGCCACAUCCCGUGGCACGCGUCGAGCGGGCUAGCGUUGCAGAUCCUCGAGCGCCAGGCGGAUCUGCAGAAAAUGUUGACCGACGCGCGCCUGGCCGAGACGCGCAGGGUCUGCCGCGAGUGGGACGCGUGGUACGCCGACCCGUCGAACCACUGGAAUGCAUCCGCGCCGUUCCAGGACGACUCGGGGAUCUGA